AUGGCGGAUGCUCAUGGUCGUCUCUGCAUUCACUUAGCUGCUUACUAUGGUGACAAAAAUCUAAGCUCAUUUAUAGGUUCCACUUGCAUCGAUGUACAGGACUCGCUAGGAAGAACUCCACUAAUGCUGGCUGCUAGCCAGGGUCAGUUGGAGGCUGUGGAUUUGCUGGUUAAGAACGGCGCUUACAUCGACUGCAUCGACUCGGAUGGAAGAACGGCUUUCCAGCUAGCAGCAAUUCAUGGGCAUCUACCCGUAGUUGACGUACUGCUUGCUUUAGGAGCGGAUGAAGCGCAUAAGGACAACGAUGGUGCAGUCGCUUUACAUUACGCGGUGGCCCAUGGUGAUGUCAUUCUGUGUCGAGCUUUAGCUACAUCAGUCACCGUGCAUGCUGCUGAUCGUUCGGGCAAUCACCCGUUGAUAAAUGCUUGCCAGGGUGAGAGCGAAGAGGUUGUUCGAGAGUUGCUCAGUCUUGGUGCCCCUGUUGAGCAGCUUUCCAUAAAUGGUCAAAGUGCACUACGGGUUGCAGCCUUAUCAGGCAAUGCAAAAAUCGUCAGAGUAUGUGCCAUCAACGACAUGUGCGGUGCAAGAAUGCUUCGGCGAUUGGCUGCCUCUUUCGAAGCAGUCGAUUCCGGUGGCAGAACUCCACUUCUGACGACGGUCUGGAACGGACAUCUAGAAAUGGCUGCUUAUCUCCUGGAGACCGUUGGUGUAAACCCAAAUUCGGUCGAUGAACAGGGAGCAUCAGCGCUUUCGGUUGCAGCUCAGCAAGGUAAUCGUGAAAUGGUCGUGCUUUUGCUGAGGAUGGGUGCUGAACCUUCGCUAAAAGAUCUAGAUGGAAGAACAGCUUUAGAUGUUGCGACCAUGUAUGGGCAUGAAACGAUCAGAGCAGUUUUGCAGAAACAAGAUGUAUAA